GGUGGUGGUGUUUGGAAUGUGCGCAUGUGCAAAUGGACACACAGAGGCAGUGAGGCUUGCGUGCCUUUCCAGCAGCUUGGGGGGCGAAAUGGGUGGAGAAAGGGGGAGGUUUAUGAGAGCCCCGCCUACCCAGAGACCCCUGCCGAAGAAAAAAGCGGGCUGGCUGGACAGAAGAGCUGGAUCCCACUCACCCGUCCCACAUCGCAAAGAAAGACUUUUUAUGCGAUUUCCUGGAGGGAGAGACAGCAUGAUUUCUUUGAUGGAGCAAAGGGAAGAACUACAGGCUGUGAAUGAAAACCUGGGCCAAGAACCAGAAGAAAAGGAAACCAGGCAAGAUGCCCACACAGAGGAUGGAAGGACCAUGGAGAAUGAAGACUGGGAAGAAGAAGAGGAGGAGGAGGAAGAGGAAGAACCUCCAAUUGCCCAUGAAGGCCAGGACCUCAUGGUCCCUCCACAAGUCCUGGACUGGGAGGAGGCGUGCGAGGCUCUACACAGCAGGAGUAUCCAAAAUGGAGACAGGAAAGCCAGGCCCCAAAGAGAGAAAACCUCCAGGGGGAGCUGCUCCUGGGGUAACCAACAUUGUCGUCUCGGCUACCGCCAUAUGGGUACCAUCUCCCCCCAAUUCUUUGACUGCCCCGAUUGCGGGAAGCGGUUUACUCUGAGUUCUCACCUGAUCCGGCACCAGCGGGUGCACACAGGGGAGAGACCAUUUGGGUGCCGAUCCUGCACCAAGAGCUUCUCUCAGAGGUCGGACUUGGUGCGCCAUGAGCGCACACACGCUGGGGUCAAGCUAUACCGGUGCAUCCAGUGUGACAAAUCCUUCUCGGAGAGUUCCCAUCUCAUCCGCCACCAGAUGAUCCAUUCCGGGGAGAAACCUUUUAAGUGCAACGUCUGCGGCAAGCGUUAUGGUGAUAGCUCCUACCUCACGGUGCACCAGCGAGUCCACACGGGGGCUCGGCCUUACUGCUGUGCUCGCUGUGGCAAGAGUUUCGGACGAUCCUCGACUCUCAUCCGUCACCAGCGGGUCCACGGGGACCCAGCGCCUUUCCCUGGGGACAAACCUCGUCCCCGAGGCAUUUGGACGGCAUUUGCCUGCCUGUCGGGCGAUGGGGUUAAAGAGCCACUUCUCUCUCCUCAGAGGACAUCCGCAUCACCGGCCCAAUCCCUUGCAUCAUCCGUGCUGUCCCUGCAGCCCCCUUCACGGAUGGACCCCCGUUCCAUGAGGAUUAUGGGAUGGCAACGGGGGAUAGAAUGAAAAGAAGGCUGGUCAAAUGGCAGAGAAUCAUAAUGGAGUUGAGCCUGCUGUGGAAGAAGAAGACCAAGGAUUGGAUGAAUAGGGGGGUCACCUUGGUUGCUAGGGUUACCUAAGAUGAUUCAGUGGAGGAAUAACUCCUUAUGAGAGCUGAUGGACCCCAUCAAAAGGGUUGACAGAGGGUAGAAGAAGCCCUUUGGCUGAGAAGUGUUUCAUAGUUGGGAAUGACAAGAGUUAAAUAACUAGAAGGUCUUUUGCUUCUUAAAGAUAAUUCAGUAUUAGGGAUUAUCAGAAAGGCACAACAGGACAUCCCAAAGGUGCUUUUUCUUGCUUUUUUUCUUUUGAAGACAUUUUGCAUCUCAGCCAAGAAGCUUCUUCAGCUCUGACAGGAUAGUGGGGAGUGGAAGGAUUUAUAUUCCUUGUAAUCUGCAUUCUUUUGCUCCCAACAACCCUCUAAAAGGAUGCAAAUGAACAGCUGUUUGCAAGGAAUAUAAAUCCAUCUAUUCCAGUCAGAACUGAAGAAGUUUCUUGGAUGAGAAGUAAAAUGUCUUCCAAAAAAAAAAAAAAGGAAGACCAGUUGCCUCCUGAAAAAAGCACCUUUGGAACAAUCAUGACCUGGAUGAUUGAGAAUCUCUACAGAGUUUUAGCAUAAUAGGAUAACACUCCAAAGCAAAAGAUCCAUUGUCUGAGUUAUAAAAUUGAGUCCCUUGGUUUGGCUGGGAUAAUUAACCGCAAGGAGAAGGAUGUGUUGAUUGCCAAGGGAAUCCGUGGGGGACACGGUGGCUCGGGCUAAGACGCUGAGCUUAUCGGUUGAAAGGUCGGCAAUUCAGCGGUUCGAAUCCCUAGUGCUGCAGUGUAACGGGGUGAGCUCCCGUUACUUGUCCCAGCUUCUGCCAACCUAGCAGUUUGAAAGCACGCAAAAAACACAAGUAGAAAAAUAGGGACCACCUUUGGUGGGAAGGUAACAGCGUUCCGUGUGCCUUUGGCGUUGAGUCAUGCCGGCCACAUGACCACGGAGACGUCUUCGGACAGCGCUGGCUCUUCGGCUUUGAAACGGAGAUGAGCACCACCUCCUAGAGUCGGGAACUACUAGCACGUAUGUGCGAGGGGAACCUUUACCUUUAAAGCAACAUUGAAAAUGAAGAAUGUGGUUGACCUAUCAGUUGCACGGACAGUUGCAUCCUGUGGCCAGAACAGGUUGCUUUGGGCAGCUGGUAGCUCAGAAAAGAAUGUUUCCUUGGUAUCCAGUUAACUAAAAUAGUGGAGAUUUUAGUAAACCUUUUUGGUUGUGGAAAGAAGAUGAUAAACAAACCAAAAAAAAAAUAAUCGGCCAUGUCAUUGUACAUGGUUGGUUGUCAUGGUGAUAGAAGAACAUUAAAUGGGUUGAUGGCUAAAGGAGUAGAAAUCAAGAGACUGGAUGAUCAGCUUUAUUUGGCUGCCUCACCAAAGGUGGGAGGACAGCUGACUGAGAUGAAACAUUCAACAAUUGUGUGAUUGUCGUCAGCAUAUGGUUACAUAAGACCUGAUGUUUGCUGGUUUGAAAUCAAAAUGCAUCUGGGAAAUAGACUGUUUUAACCAGCUUAUUAUACCCAUCUACCCCAAUCUGGUGUCUCCCAGAUGCAUAGGACUAGAACUCCCAUCACUCUAGGUCAGGCUGUAGUUGCCCGAAUAAAAUGGAAAGUUGGGGGAAGUCACAAUUACUACACAAUUGUUAGACAAGUUAAAUUUGCGUCACCGUCUUUGACUGUCCUCCUGGAGAGGGUUAGGUUCAUGAAAAGGGGAGCAGAUCAUUUAACUCUUGUUGUCUAUAUCAGAGGUCUUCAACCUUGGCAACUUUAAGACUUGUGGACUUCAAUUUGAAUUCUGGGAAUUGAAGUCCACAAGUCUUAAAGUUGCCAAGGUUGGAGACUCCUGGUCUACAUUGCUUGGUGAUGGGUCUUCAGGGAGGUCUUUUCUUGACUGCAGAGUCCUUGGUGCUCUCUGAGCUUGGUUGUUUGCUUGCAGAUGUUUUCGUAGACAACACCAUCAUCUCUGUUGUUCAACCUAAGCUGCACAUAUUCUAUUAAAACUUUUCUUUGACUUCCUCAUGGACAUGUCAAGGAUUGCAUGGAGGAAGACUUCCUACCAUGCCCUUCAGGAUUUCAACGUUGCGGGACCAGACUGUAUGUACAGAGUUGUGUAGAGCUACAGAGAGGGCGAGGAGGGCACCAUUGUAUAGGUUGCCCUUGACGUGCGGCCACAAUUGAGCUCCAGAUUUCUGUUGCUAAGCCAGACAUUUGUUAAGUGAGUUCUGCCACAUUGUAGGACCUUUUUUGACACAAUUGUUAAGCGAAUCACUACAAUUGUUAAGCAAGUAAUGUGGUUUUUAAGCGAAUCUGGCUUCCCCCUUGACUUUGCUUGUCAGAAGGUCGCAAAAGGAGUUCAUGUGACCCAGGGACACUGCAACCCAGUGUCAUAAAUACGAGUCAAUUGCCAAGCAUCUAAAUUUUGAUCACGUGACCAUGGGGAUGCUGCAGUGGUUGUUAAGUGUGAAAAAACAGUCACAAGUCUCUUUUCAGUGCCAUUGUAACUUCAAACGAAAUGUUGUAAAUUGAGACUACUUUUCUGUACCCCUUCUAGCCCUUUAACUGCAGUGAUUCACUUAGCAACUGUGGCAAGGGAGGUCAUAAAAUGGAGCAAAAUGGAGCAUUUUUUGCCAGAAAAUAGAAGUUAAACACUGAUUUUCCUUCCCCCAAAAUGUUGUCCAUCACAGUCACAUGACUGCUGGGCAUGGCAAAUGAUUACAAAGUCCCUAAAGUGCAGUCUCUUGACUGCGAGGGGUAUGUGGGGAGAGCGAGCAGAUGUCAGAAUUUCAAAACUAGGUCAUAAGUAGCUUUUUUCAGGUCCGCCGUAACUUUGAACUGCCAUAAGUUGAGGACUAUAUAUGACUAAUUUUUCCCCCCUUUUAAUUUAGACUCCCCCUCCUACAGUUGCUAAAUUUCUAGUGCUCUCCCUUCUCCACGGGAAAUGACUGUUUCCUGAAUUCUUCUAGAAUUCCCUUCUCCAAUGGACAAUAAUUCAAAUUGUUCCUUCGGUGAUGGGAGCUGUAACCCAACACACAUGGAAAUUGCCAGUUUUCAUUUAGCUUCUGGGAAAAGGAGGAGGAUAAAAAUUGUUAAGGGUUCAUGGUUGGGGCUGGUAUCCAGCUUGGGAAUAAACCCUUUUUAGAUGAAAAUAUGGAAGCUUUGGACUUUCUCAGUUCUAGACAACAAAUAUAUUUAUGGCUAUUUGUGUAUUCGUUACCCUUCUUGUUUUCCUGUGCAAUAAAUGCUUAGUUUAACAGA